AUGGCGUUGGCUCAGCAUUCGCCAAACCAACCUUACAGUAGCAAUCCCAGGAGCCUGAAAAAUCUGCAACCAAAGUUCGUAGAUGAAUUGCUGGCUCGCACAGAUACUCUUAUAUCGCGGAUCAGGCCGACGGGGCUGUCACUUCAACGGCGAUGGGUUAUCACAGAGCAUGUGACUAGUAUCGUCAAGCGGUGCUUCGCCCCACAUGAUGUUACCGCAAUACCUUUCGGCUCUGUGCCGCUGAAGACUUACCUACCAGAUGGAGACAUCGACCUGUCCAUCUACAGCGAGAGCCCUCGCGCGCAGGCGCUUAAAGAAGCGCUGCGGGAUACUUGGGCCACGCAGCUGCAGGUGUGCCUUGAGGAGGAGGCCAACAACCCAACCGCCGUGUUCCGAGUCGCCAACGUGCAGGUCAUACACGCGGAGGUGAAGCUGCUCAAGUGCCUCGUCGACAACAUAGUGGUGGACAUUUCCUUCUUCCAGGUUGGCGGGCUCAACACGUACAACUUUUUAGAGGAUGUUGACAGGUUCGUGGACCAGUGCAUUCCGGUGCGAAAGCACCUCUUCAAGGACAGCAUCAUACUGGUCAAGGGUUGGUGCUAUUACGAGAGCCGUGUGCUGGGAGCGCACCACGGCCUCAUCUCCACGUAUGCCCUGGAGACGCUGGUGCUCUACGUCAUCAACCUCUACCAUCGGGAGCUCACGAACCCUCUGCAGGUGCUGUACAAGUUCCUCGUGGAGUGCAGUUGCUUCGACUGGGAGAACUACUGCCUUAGCUUGGAGGGCCCUAUCCCGCUGAGUAGCUUUCCCAAGCCCGUUGUCGAGACACCUGAGGCCCUCCAGCGCGACGCCCUGUUGACAAAGGACUUCAUGGCUCGCGCCUAUUUCAAGUACACGGAGCCGCAGCUGAGGGCCCAGGGCGGCGAGCCCAAGCCCUUUGCCAUCAAACAGCUGAACGUCAUGGACCCCAUAUUGCCCGGCAACAACCUGGGGAGGUCGGUGUCUAAGGCCUCCUACCUGCGCAUCCGGCGGGCUUUCGAGCACGGCGCACGAAUGCUGGCGGAUAUCGCGGAGCAGGGCAAGGAGCUCGGGCCGUUCAUCGGGGCAAAGCGCUUUGACAACUUUUUCGGCAAGGCCUGGAACGCGCAGCGGCCCCGGAACCGUCCAGCAGGGCCCGCCGUAGCCGAGCACGGCAACGGGAUGCCGCUGGGUGCGCCGCCGUACCUACACCAUCCGAUUGCGCUGCGGCCCCUACCGCCGCCCUUUCCGAACGUCCCUGCGCCGCCGCCCCCCAGCACCUCGGCGCCGCCCAUCGCGGGCAGCGGCCCCAGCAGCGGCGGUGGCAGCGGUGGCGGCGCUGGCGCCGCCGGCACGGCGGCGUAUGCCGUCGCCGCCGCCGGGGCUGCCGCCAGCGGCACGUGCCGCGGAAGCAAUUUGCCGCAACUGGCAUACGGCAAUAUGGCCGGGGACUUACACGUGGUACGGCGUCAGGAGCAGGGUCAGGGCCACGUGGCAGGGCCGCGUGCAGCGGCCCCCGCGUCGGGCGCCCAAUGGCUGGCCAGCGGAGGCGGACAGGAGGCCGGCGCCGCUGGCACAGACGCUGCUGCGGCAGCACUGGCUACUAGCCCCUCUGCGGCAGCGGCGGCGCCGGCCGCCAUAGCCGCGACCGACGCUGACGCGUUGCUCCGAAACCCAAACACCCUGUUAGCCCUGCUCACGAGCAGUCUACAAGGAGCCGCUGCUGGUGGCGGUGCCGCCGCCGCUGUCCCUUCAUCGUCAACUGCGGCGCGGGCUUCGGAGGGUGUUAUGGCAGCCUUGGCGACGGCCGCUGCUAACCCCAGCUUGGACCCCCAGACCCGUCAGCGGCUCGUCAUGCAGCUUUUGCACCCAUUCAUUUCUCCGCAGAUGGUAUCGCAGCUACAACAUCAACAGCAACGACAACAAAUGUCUCAGCAACAGCAGGCCGCGCCCAGCGGCUCCAGCGGCAGUGGAACCAGCAGCGGCGGCGGCGGCGGUGGCUAUUUCCCGCUGCCGGGCGCCUCACCCUGGGGUCCGCACGCCCUUGCGGCGCCGCAGGGAGGCCUCCCUGUUGGCGUUGCGUCGACGGCGUCGCAGGCGGCGGCAGCGGCGGACGCCGUCGGCGACGGCAGCAAGAUCCCACGAGUGAUGUCCGCGCCUGCUAUGCCCGCGGGUUUGGCAGGACAAGCGGCUUUGGGAGACACGGCAGCGGCGGAAGUGGUGUCGUCGGCGGCGGCGGCGGCCGCCGCGGCAAGUGAUACCCCCAUGGUUGCGCAAGUGAUGGCGGCAGCUAACACAUCUACCAGCCGACCGACGGCGCGACCCACGGGUCGCGCGGCAGCCACGGCGAGCCGCGCGGGCGCCGUAGCCGCUGGGCGUAGUAGCCUCUCGAACGAGGAUGAGGAGGAUGCGGAGGAGGGUGGGGUUAUUGAUGAUGAAGAGGUAGCGAGUGGUGGUGAGGAGCAUGUUCGGCAAGGGCGGGGUGCAGCGGCGGCGGCGACGCCACCGCCGCCGCCAUACGACACGGCGCCGCUGGGGACGUUUGGGCAGGGCCCUUCUGACACAUUGGAGGAUGAUGCCGCUGCAUCGGAAGGUCUGGUGGCCAGUCCAGAUGUGUUGGUCCAGGCGGGUCGUGCCGAUAAGGGCAGCGGUGAGGAGGAGGCCGAGGAGGAGGAGGAGGCCGAGGAGGGCGAGGGGGAGGAGGGCGAUGCUACGGUAUUAAUUGGGAAAGGGGCCGAGGCGCAGAUCGGAGUGGCGGAUGUCCCGCUGGUGACGCGAACCGGAUCGACUGUCCGUAUCACGCGGCCUUCCGCCGUCGAAUCCCCAACUGCGGUAACACCGAACCGAUCUCAGCAGGCGGCGGCGGCGGUGGCAGCGGUGCCUGUCAUUGCGGCGGCGGCAGUGCCCAGCGCCGUGCCUGUACAGGCAUUUGAAAGCAGCGGAGCUGCAGCUGCUGCAAGUGCCAGCAGUAGCGACGGUUUGUCCCCGCGGCAGCUGCCGUACGCCGUGCCGGUGCGGCCGGAAGAGCUCCAACAGAAGCUAAUGAGCCGCUCACCGAGCUCUGGACUGACGUCGUCGUCGUCCGCUGCCGCCAUCGCUGCUGCCGCUGCCGCUGCCGCAGCUGCCUCGGCGGCGGCGGGUACAUCUAAUCGGGCUGCCGCUGCCGGCAACGCCGGCGGUACAUCGACGGGCAUCUCCCAGCUGCAUUCGGGUAGCGUGGCACAGCAGGGGAGCGGACCUAGCCGCAGCGGCGCCGGUACUCCUCCUCCUCCACCGCCGCCGCCGCCACCGCCGCUGCUGCAAUUGUCCCAGCACGACAUGGCGGCGGCUGCGGCGGCCUCUGCAGCGGCACUGCAGGCGAUGCUGCACGGCAGCGCCGCAACUAACAGUAGUGGGGGCCCCGGCGGUGGCGGGGGCCACGUCCAACGCCACUCGCCAGUUAGUCGGACGGGCCGCAACGCCCCGGGCGGCGUGACACCCCAGGCCAUGUCGUACAUGGGCCCUAUGCCGGCGGCGGGUCACUGGUCCGCUGCCGCUGGCGCCGGCCCCUCGGCAGUGAGUCCUGAGGUGGCGGCGGCGGCGCACCAACAGCUGAGCAACUUUGCGCAACAGCUGAUCAACGCGGGGGGUUACAGCCGGCAGCUGGCGGCAGCGGCAGUGGCGGCGCCGCCGCCGCCACCGCCACCGCCGUUGCUGGGCGGCGCAUUGCUGCAUCCCCACUCCCACUCGCACCUAUUGCAUGGUCUUUACGGAGGGCCGGCGGCGGCUUACUUUCCACUCAGUUUGGCGCCACCGCCGCCGCCGUCCUCUGGCUUGCCUCCAUCCCAACAGCAGCAGCAACAGCAGCAGCAGCAAUCGUCGUUGCUCGCAGCGGCGGCGGCCACUGCCGCUGUUGGAAUGCCAGGCUAUGCAUUGCAUCCGCACUCCGCCAUGCACCUGACGCACGCGCUGUCGGCCCAGCAGGCCCUGCCGCCACAGCAGCAGCAUCUGUCGCCAACAGGCGCGGUGGCGGCGGCAGCAGCGGCACAACGUCGCUUCUCCCACGACGGCUCCUCUGCUGGCAGCUCCAGCGGCGGCGCUACUGGCAGCGGCGGCAGCGGGGCUGGCUUGUACCUUGGCCGUCAGCGGGCGCCGUCGGCUGUGUAUCUGGCCGCGGCGGCUGCAGCGAGCGAGCAGCAGCAUCUGCAAAUGCAGCAGCAUAUACAGCAGCAGCAACAUCAACAACAACAGCCUUCGACAGUGCCGCGCUCAAACAGCCGCGGCGGCACCAGUGGCGGCGGCUCCUUCCGCAGGGCCGCGGGAGCAGGCGAGCUGGCAGGGGGCGCCGUGGUGGGGCCGCCUCCGCCGCCUCCGCCGCCACAGCCUGCAGGCGCCGCCGCAGCGCAAGCGCCGCUCAGGUCCUUGGCGGCGGCGGUGGCGACGUGCGGCGUCUUCAGCGGCGCUGAUGGCGCCGGCGGCGCCGCCGCUGCUGCCCGACGAGACCAUCCGCCAGAUACGUUGGCGACACUUUCUCAGGUCAAGGCCCAGCUCCUGACGUUGCAAAACCAGGGAGCUUUUGGCCCCGCAGGAUCGGUGUGGGCACGUGAUGUGGACGAGGAAAGCACCGGUUCCGCCGAUGCCGGGCCAGCCGGGCUCAGCGCAGGAGGCGCCGAGGCGAGUACGACAACUGCCGCAGACCGCGAACAGUCUGGCGGCCAGGAUAGCGAACUAGCCGGACGGCUAGACCGCGCCGUACCUGGCGCGGCGGCGGCGGCGUUGGUGCCGCCGCUGCCAGGGGCUGCCGCCGCUGCAUGCUAUUCGGGUGGGACAGAACAUGGGACAGGCUGCACAACACAGAUGAAAGUGGGCAGCAACUGCAGCAGCAACAGCCAGACCGCGCAGGGGGGUGACGCCGGCGCUAGUGCUAGCGGCAACUGUGGGACAGACCUUGUACCGCUGUUUGGUACGGCAGUGGCGGCGCCGGCUGGGAUGGCGGAAGCCCCAGGGGCUGGGUCAUCCGCACAGAGCAGCGCAAAUUUGGCGGCGGUGGCAGGCGCGGCGGUGGCGGCGGUUGCUGAUGCGCAGGCGGCGGAGGCUGCCAGCGGCGGUGACGCCUUGAUGGCGCCCUUCCCUUCAUUUGAAAUUCCCCUGCCCAUAACAUUGGUCCCACCGCCGCCACCGCCUCCCCCGACGCAGCAUCAGGGCCAUCAGCCGCCCCUACCGGGCCCGGGUCCUGGGCCCCCAACAACGGCCCCGGUGAAUCAGCAGCAGCUGCAGCAAUGGCUUCAUUCCGUGCAGCCGCCUUCGUUCAUGUUCCCGCCAAUCCCGCGAUCCGUAUCAGCAACCAGCACCGCCAGUGCUGUCGCCGCCGCUGCAGCGGCGGCCGCAGCCGCCGCCGCGGCGGCCGGUGGUGGCCAUCGACAGGUAGCUGCUCCAACGACCCCGCCGCCACCGCCGCCGCCUGUCCCUGGCAUCGGCAACACGACCACCGCCGUGGCCGCCGCCGCUGCCAGCACGUCCGGGGGAGCAGCUGCCAGCAUGUCCGGGGCGCCAUUGCAGCCGAGCUCCGGCAGCGGCAGCUCUAGUCGUACGGGCUCGAUUUCGAGCUAUCCUCUGGCGAUGCGCACGCCUGGCGGUCCUGUGGGUCCGCCGCUGGCGGCGGGAGGUGGAUCGCAGCAAGCUGCCAACCCGGCGCCGUUGCCGCCGCCAGCGGCCGCGGCGGGCGCGCCUACCCACAUGGCCGCGGCGAUGCUGACGCACCCACAUCCGGCAGCCGCAAUACGGUACAGCCGAUUAGGGUAUGGUGCGCAUGAUUACAUGUUGGGAGUUUCGCCGCCAUCGCCGCAUCUGGCAUCCAGCUUGCAGCCGCCGCUGCCGCCGCCGGCGACUGCUCACAACAUACAGCACUCACCGCCAUCGUGGCUGUACUCCAAUGCGCAACGGUUGCUGUACUUUUACGACAUGAAAGCCGCUGCGGGAGGUGCUGGCGGCCCGGAGGCGCAAUGGAUGUCUGGCUCGGCAUCGUCUGGCCAGAGUCCCUCACAGUCCCUGGGCUCGUCAGCAGGGCUGUACGGCGGCGGCGGCGGCGGCGGAAAGUCCGUGACGGCGGCGGCGCCGCCGCAUGCAUCGUCUCACCUUUCCUCUGGGCUGGCGUCCGGCGCUGAAACGGGUCAUCCGGGUCACUCGGCUGCCGCCCAAACUGGCAACGCCGCUGCAACGGCGACGUCUGGCGCCGCCGCCGCGUCGCUGCAUGAUCAAGCUGCUGCAUGUGUUCCUGGAGCUCCGCCGCCAUUUCUACCCACUCCCGUGUUCAUUGCCCUUCCCCCGCACGCUGCAGCAUCGUCGCACUUGCACACGCACACACGCGACCCACGUGCCUUAAACCUGGAGUACACCCGAGCCAUGGUGGCUGCGAUGUCCCACCUGCACUGCGGGAAUCUUCCAGAAGUUGGGAGCAGCGGAAGCGGUGGGCUGGCCGGGGAGGUUGGCGGUGGCGGCGGCGCUGACUUGUCGUCCGGGCAGGGCGGCAACGGCUUCACCGGGGUCAGCGGAGGCGGUGGCGGAUUGCUGUCGGCACAGACCAGUGGCAACCUGCAGGUGGAUGACAUCUUGUUCGAAGAUGAGGCUAGCGGCGCCGGGGCCAGCGGUUCGCACCCGUCGCCGAUGUCCCAACCGAAGGGUCUCUCUCCAAGCGGUGCGCCUGCCGGCAUAGGCAGCAGGGCUGACGAUGCGGCGACGGCGGCGCCAGAUAUCGACGCGACGGCCUCGACGGGCCUUGUGCCGUUGCUAACGGCAGUGCCGCCGCCGCUGCCACCGCAGCCGCCGCCGGCGCGUGGACUGUCUUCCGUGGAAGCCCCCGGAGCUUUAGACAGUGCGCCCGCCGGCAUGGCUAAUGUCAGGUCUUCGCACCCAGGUGCUGUGCCGCGUGGGAGCUCCGAAACCGGAUGGCAGUUGCCACCUAGGGGGCCAGCUGCAACCUCGUCACCAUCGUCAUCAAGCGCAGCCGCGGCCAACGCCACCGGCACUAGCGCGCCUGGCGCGGGCAUGCAACAGCCUCCACUGCCGCUGCAGCGGCCAAGCCCAGACGGCCCAAUGGCUGGCGUUGCUCCGCCAGCGCAGCUGGCGCCGCCGGCGUUUUACAGCACUCCAAGCAUGAGCGGCGGUGCUAACAUAGGCAGUGCCGCUGCUGGCGCCGCUGCCGCAGCGGCGUCCUGCAUGGCUGCAGCACCUACAGGCGUAGGUGGGAUAUCCCAGUCAAGCAGUAGCUCCCAGUUGGCGGGUAACCGCGGCAGCGGCAGCAGCAUCGGCGGCGCGCAGGAGGUGCUUCACCACUUGACACCCCCCGCCUCGGUAUCGUCUUCCGGUUCAACACCCCUGUCCCACAGCCCUCAGGCGCCGCUGAUGGCGUUGCCCGCCACAUCAGGUUCACAGCUAGUGCGUGUGGGCUCCGUUGACGGCGGCAGCGGCGGAGCAGUACAGCCGAUAGCGGCGGCAGCGCCGGCAGUCGUGGCCGGAACGUCGGCGUUACAGCCUGCAACGCAGAUGCCGAUUGCCAACGCUGGGGCCCCGGAGGCAGUGCGGCUGCUGCCGAUGCCCAUUAUGCCGCUGCCGUUGCCGUUGCAGGAGUUGCCGCCGCCUCCGCCUCCGCCUCCACCGCCGUCGCUACAGCAACAACAAUCUGGUGACGCAGCGGCGAUGAUAAGCACUACGUUGUCAUCAUCAUCGCCACAGCAGUCGACAUCCUCGGGCCUUCCGCCGCUGCCGCCCUUUGGCAGCGCACUUCUUGGUGCCCCUCGCAUGCACGGCCAGAGGUACGACCCUCUGGGCAACGCCGCUGCGGCGGCACGCCGCUCGUCCUCCAACGGCAACGCCGGGUUACCUUCCCCGCCCAGUCCGGGGUUGUCUCCGGGGCCGGUGAUCAGCAACUCGCUGCUAACGGCGCCGGCCGUAACCGUACCUGGGGCGCUGCCCAUGGCAGUACCGGUGGCCUCUGCUUCGCAGCCUCCUCCGCCGCCACUUCCCGCCAAAGACGCCGGGGAGACAGCGGCGGCAGCGGUUGUUCCUGCGACGGGGUCCCCUGUCGCAGGCUUAUCAGCCCUGCCGUCAACAGCGGCACCGCCGCCACGAGGGUUCGCAUCUCCAGGCACCUCUACACAGGCCUUGCUGGCUGCGGCCAUGAGCGCUGCCUCUGCCCCGCAGCAACGCGACGGCAGCAGGGUUCCACUUGGCUUGCCGCCUGGACUCGCAAUACCGCCGAGCAGCAGCGGCCUUCGACCUGUGCCGGCUUCGCACAUCAACGCACAGUCACAGCAAUCGAGCACUGAAGACGCGCCGGUCAUGGCGACAACGGCGGCAGGGGGCGAGUGCCAGGCUGUGGCGAUGGCGGUGGUUGCGGCUGAUUCCGGCAACGCGUCCACGAGGCCUAUUUCAAGGCAGGGCUUGGUGCUUGAGUCUCGGAGCUCACAUACGAAGACGAGGCUCGGCGGUACCGUUGAGAUGAUGACCUCAACCAGCAAGACGGCCGCGGAGACGCGGGCUCUGCUACCGGUGGCGGUCGCGGCGCUGCCGCCAUCAUCCGUGACCGCGGCAUUGACCAGCCAUGGCACUCCGGCGGCGGCGGUUAACGCUCCUCCGACAGCUGCCGAUUACAAUGCGGCGACGGUGCCGCACACGGCGCAGGAGCAACAGCAGCAGCAGCAGCAGCAGCAACAGACGGCCCCAAAGGCUGCCCCUUACCGCCCUCCCCACCAUCCUCAGCCGCAGCCGCUACAGCACGCAUCUCAUCAGCAGCCGCCGGUGGCGCCAGGGCCGUCCGCUGCGGCACACCCGCCGCCGUCUCCGGCGUCACCUAUGCCAGGCGGCCGCGGCGGGCACGCAGGUGUUCGGAGCACAUCUACUGGGCGACAAGCCGGGGGUUCUCCUGCUUCCGACAGGGCCGGCGCAGCCGAGGCGGUGGGUUCAUCGGCCGCCGUUGCGGCCGUGCCGUCGCCGCCGCCGCCACCGCAGUCGGGCGGCUCGCGCAGCGCCACACUGGCCUCCGUCGCACAGGCGUCGGAGUCCGGAACGACGGCGGCCCAGGCUGUGAAGCGGGCCAUAUCCUCGGACCGGCUCAUGUCCUUCGCGUCCAGGGGCAACAUGAGCGGCACGAACGGUGGGUCCCUUGCCAGCACAAACAGCGCAUCAGGGUCUUUAGCUGCGCCCUCGCAGCAGCAGCAGCAGCAGCAGUCGGCUUCUUCCAAGGCAGCUGGGGUGGCGGCAGCAGCAGCAGCAGCAGCAGCGGCGGCGGCGGCAGCCGCUGCUGGUGGGAGCGCCAGUGGCAGCAUUGGCGUGUCCCCGCUUCCGCCCCCGCCCCCGCCUCUUCGCCGGGUGGCAUCCGGUACGAUGAGCAGUUAUUUGGCUGCGGCCGCGAACAGCAUUUUGUCUGGUGGUCUGUCCGGCAUUGCUGCCCCUAGCGACACCACGGCGGACGGUGCUCCGGUGUCACCUGCGUCGUCUACGGCAUCGGGCCGUGCUCGCCCGUCCCUGGAUCUCAUAGCAGCGAGCACCACCAAUCCAGGGAGGGGACAUCAUUACAACCAGCAGCAGCAGCAGCAGCAACAGCCUCAGGGGACGGGCAAGGCAGUGGUGGUGGAGGCGGCAGCGGGACUGCGCGUGAGGAUGGCGCGAGCGCGCCGAUGCCACAGGGAGCUGGCAGUGGUGGUGCUGGAGGAAGCGGAGGGGGACAUCGCGGCCGCGGCGCGUCGCACGGGCGCCACGGCCACGGGCAGGGCGGCCAGCAGCACCAACAGCAGCAUCAACAGCUGCAGCAGGACGGUGAUCAGCCGGGAACAGACCAGGAGAGCGAGUGGCAGCGUGUGUCAAGCCGGCGAGGCGGCGGCUCUUCAGGGGCAGGGCACCACGGUCACGGCCAGCAGCACGGUCACCACCAUCACCACCAUCACCACGGUCACGGACAUCACAGCCAGCACUCCCAUCAGGGCGAGCGAGGGCAGCAGCAGCAUCCCGCUGACCAGGAGGGGCGCUGGCAAUCUCGGGCCGAAGGAGGUGCCAGCGCGUCGUCUGGCCGCGGGUCGAAGCAGGGGGCUGCGGCGCGUGGAGGUGGCAGUGGCAGCAGCACUGGCGCGCAGGCGGCCGCGCCCGGUGGCGGCGCUGGUAGUGGGGCGGCUGGGCAGCGUGGGGGACAGUCGGGGCGGCAGGGACGUAAUGCAGCUGCGGGGAAGGAGCGUGCGGAAGGCGCGGGGGACAAGCAUGGCCACGGCUCAGGGGAAGCAGACCAUGGGGAGGGGCCCCCUAGCCGGCAUGUAA